GGGUGGUCGGGGCAGGUGGCGGCGCCGCGAAAAUGGUUGCCAAACAGCGGAUCCGUAUGGCCAACGAGAAGCACAGCAAGAACAUCACCCAGCGCGGCAACGUCGCCAAGACCUCGAGAAAUGCCCCCGAAGAGAAGGCGUCUGUAGGACCCUGGUUAUUGGCUCUCUUCAUUUUUGUUGUUUGUGGCUCUGCCAUUUUCCAGAUUAUUCAAAGUAUCAGGAUGGGCAUGUGAAGUGACUGACCUUAAGAUGUUUCCAUUCUCCUGUGAAUUUUAACUUGAACUCAUUCCUGAUGUUUGAUACCCUGGUUAAAAACAAUUCAGUAAAGCAUCCUGCCUCAGAAUAACUUUCCUAUCAUCCUUCAUGUGUCAUUCCAAGGUUUCUUCAUGAGUCAUUCCAAGUUUUCUAGUCCAUACCACAGUGCCUUGCAAAAACACCACAUGAAUAAAGCAAUAAAAUUUGAUUGUUAAGCUACAGUAGUGGACCCUACUUAUUUAGUCAGUAAAAAGUAAGAUUUUUAUGUGGUUAUUGAAAUAGUAUGCAGAAUGGGCAAUUAGAUUAAAUCUGUGUAGACAGUGUCUAGAUUUUGUUAACCCUAAUGUGUAACUGCAAUUAGCUUAAUUUAAAAUUUAGAGUCUUGUGAUUUUUAUAUAGCUAGGCACUUUAUUACUCUUUCUUGAAUUCAAAGCACACUCCCUUAUAGGGUCAUGUAACUGUCUUGUAAUAAGGUGCUUAUAAAUGGAACAACUACAUAGUUAGCCUAGUUUUACCACAACUUUCAGCAUCUAAAAAUUUUACAAAGCUUCUAAAUGCCUAAUAUAAAGGGAGAUGCUUAUAGCCACAACAUCUAUUUUAACAAUAUAGUUUCUAUUGUACUACCUUGGAUUUUGCAUGAGUGAGUAUAGUAACCUAAGAUGCCAUUAAAAAAAAAAAUUGGUUGAGCAUUUUGUAAUUUAAUCUGUCACUGAGGUUUCACUAAAAGCUAUCAUGAUGGAGUGAAGUUAGUCUGGGAAGGUUUGCUUAUGUCACAUUGAUUUUACCAGAAUUAUUUUAAUAUAUCAAAGGGAUUUACUAUGCUAGACAAAAUUUUAGGGAAAAAUACUACUAAAAAUGAAUGUCUCAUCAGGACAUGCUGUUGAGUGCAGUGUGCCAUAAGACAUCUUAGCAUGUUAAUAGCACUUUUAAUAGCAACAAGGCACAUCAACUAAAAAGUUAUGCUUAGUUUGGAAAUAUUUUUUCUAGAUUUAUAAUUGAAAUGCCAUUAAGGUAUUAGAUACAUCAUUGACAUUUGGAAUUAAAUGGAUUUACUGAUAAGGAUCAAUCUUUAGUCUUCCCUUUGUUGUAUGAUUUUUAUAGGUUAUGAUUGAUCAAAUUUUCUUUUACUGAUGGUAAGAGUGAGGGUGAUAGGGCAGGUUUUGAUUUUUCUAGUACUGUUGAAAACUGCAAAUAUUGGCUGUUUAUAUACUUAGCCAUAACUUGACGAAAAAAAGCCUGAGCAGUGUUUAUGUAGUAAUGAAUUGGAAAAAGAAAGCUGCUUAUGUUUGCUUUGUUAAUUGCCUCAGGAUAUGUCUUUUAAAAUAAGCUGUUUUAAGAGGAACAGAAGGGAAAUCUACCUAGUCUAUAACACAGUGUGAACCUCAUAGAGGGCUUCUGAUACCCUCAAAUAUGGAGAAGAGUAAGGGAGAUAAGUGGUUAAGGAUGGUUGAGAACUUAACUAUUUUGGAAUAGGAAUCAGCUGACCUUGGGCCAGCAGGUUUUUAACUGAAUUGUUACCUGCCCUUCUCACCCAGUAAAUCAACCCCUGUACUUGUUUCCCUCUUUGAAACAAGCGUCUUGGUUAACUAAUGCUAUUUUAUUGUAACUUUAAAAAUGAAAGUUAUUGCUCUAAAUUUAUAGCAGGUGCCUUAUUCUUUGCUUCGAGUCAAACCAUUCCAUAUCAGAAUUUCCCUUGAUUUACUAUAGAUAAUUGGCUUCAAGGUGUUUUUUGUUUUUGUUUUUUAAUGUACAAUGUUUUUGGUUAAUUUGACUGUUAAAUUGCUAUAGCCAGCAAUCAUUUUGCAUAUGUAAAAUUGCAUUCCCUUUGUAUUUCAUGUGUAAUUUACCAGUGGAGUACAUUUUAUAUUCAGGUUGGAUUAUGCAUGUUUGGAUAAACAAAAGUUGUGUUUUAUUUGACUUCUCUUUAAAAAUAAAGUUCCUGGAAUAUUUAAUGCA